UUCUGGUUGAUAGUUGUGGCAGAUGACUAGCAGUCGGACUUAAGGAGCUAAUAGAGAGUUGACUGUGGCAAUCUUAGAUGAAAACAGAAAUGCAAUGGCAUUCUUUCCGACAGGAAAACUGCCAUCUGUAUUCAACCAGCCAUUCCCCAGCCGUGGAGAAGAAGGGAGUUGCCAUCGUGGUGCAUCAGUGGUCUAGUGGCAUGCAAGCAGGCGCUGGAGAAGGGCUUCCUCCCCACCGUCUUCUAGGCCGAUGGCGGCAUUGGCGGCAUGUGGGCGCGAACUGACAACGCUCCAUUCACCACGGCCGGUAUACCAGUUCACAGACUUCCCAUGGCUGGAGAGCGUGAUGGAGGUGUUCCCUCACAGCAGCCAGGUGAGGGUGGCGGGGAUCGAGUAUGUGGGAGCAGCCGAGGAGGAGAUCAUGGCAUGGGAGCUGUGGGCUGGGAAUGGCGAGGCGUUCGGCGGUAGUGGCGGGAGGGGGGAGUGGCACGUCGCGAUGCAGAGCAGGGAGGAGGAUGGAAAAACAGAGCAAGAUCGUCCACAUAUCUCACUCUUGCGAUGUCUGAAAUGCAUCAUGUUCAGCGACCUGCUAUUAUGCUACUUUUGUUGUUCAAUCUCGCCCGUAAAAGGGAACAUCUAUAUUUACAACUUUGUGACUGUUGAUUUUUGGGCCUGGUUGGACCGCCCAUGAUGGGCUAGCCCGACCAAGAACAUCUAAUAUUAUUCAAAUGAGAGAGAUAAUAGUUGGGAGGAAAAAUGAAACUAUCAGGUAAUUUCUCCCUCUCUCUCGCAUCUGUUUUUCUUAGCACUAUUCAUGUCCAGAAUUUCCCCUACAGAAAAUUUAAGCAUUCCAAAGAGAGAAACAACAAGAUACGACUCGCUUUCAUCCUUUUCUUGCACCAUAAGCACUUGAAUGGUGAUUUUUUGUGUUCUUUCCAUUGUGAUUGAAAGCUCGAUCUUGAGCGUGUUCUAGAAGUGGAUGAACAUGUGGUUCAACCCCUCAGAUCCUCGAAAUUUCACUUUUGCACUCUUUCAAGGUAAGUCAUGAAACGUGAAAUUCUAUUUAGUAUUCUUUAUUCUAUAUACCGAGCGCAACUUAACAAUAGGAAAGAAUGAAAAAUUUUUAAAAAUAAAAAUAAAAAUUCAUUGCCCCAAGUUCUUAAAUUGAUCAAAUAAAUAAGUUGUGCUACUUUCAAAUGCAUGAACUUUGGUUUCUAAAUUCCUCUCUCGAUUGCCAAU